AUGCGCCGUUUAACAACACUGGCCCUAUGCCCGGCUUGGGCUGCUGGAAAUAAUUUUUAUUCUUCAAACCAAUUAUUGUAUACGGAAAUGUUCGUAAAAGUAUCACUUGAAAAUGGCUCGCCGGCAAUGUCUCCACUGUCUGAACCAGAAAAAAGUUGUCAGGGAGAGGUCACCCCGCAUGUCAAUCUUCGCAAAAAAAAUUCGAUUAUUUACGACGCCGAUACCGAAUCCAGCCCUAUCGCCGCUUCCAGGGCCAAACAUCGCACGCGACAUUUCGCCGAAAAAAAGAUCUCCGAAAACAGUUUUUCCGAUAAUCAGGACGCUUUAAGAACCCCCAAAAAAUGGAAAGAUUUGACGAAUAAACCGUAUAUCAAAAUUUUAAAUGGAAACGAGACAAAUGCUCAAAGUUUAGAUGCCCUAAUAAUAACGAAUAACCAACGAAACGUUCAAUUAAUCGAACACGUUUUACCUAAAAGCGCGAAAUAUAUCCCUUAUAACCGUAGUAGAUUGUACCAUCGAAAUAACCCAACCUUCAAAGAGGGCUCUUUAAGCGAUUCCAACGUUAAAAAUGAUGGAACGAUCCCGGAAAAAUUAUUGAUCCACAAUUCCACGUUCUCGACUCACGCCACGACCACGCCCAAACACGGUAUACUAAAGAAUUUUGAUCCUAAUAACCGUCAAAGAUUAUACGCCACCGAUUCGAAACUCUUCGAGUUAAAAGCCAGGCAAAGGCAGGACAUGUGUAAUGGUGCCAAAGAUGAUCCGAAUCCUAUCAAAAAGCGCAUCAGAUUUGCCCUGGGCGAUGACAAAAGUGACAACGUCAUUUUCCCGAUGACUGGCACUUCGUCUGAUAACAAGGUUUCCUUAAUUGCAAUGGAAAAUGUUGCGCCACAAAUUUUGCUAGAGGAUGUAAAAUAUAUCAAAAAGCGUUCAAAUCUUGGAAACAAGAUGAAUUUCCCGAUAUCUCCUGUCAUCAAGAUGACAGAUGUCACUCCUGGCGUCGAAAGAUUGGAAGAAAAAUUGGACAAAGAUUUGGUGAGCGAAUUAGCUGUAAUCGAUGAAAAAUUAGACGAAAGCUUGGUGGAAGAAGAAAGCGAAAUAGCGGUAAUCAACAAAGGAUCGUCAAACGCUGCGACGGACGUGCUGGACUUGGAUCUGCCAACGUUGCCUACCAUUUCGAAUAGAUUUCCCAACAUGUCACGUGACAUCGCUAACGAUUCGAAGAUCACCGAAAUCGAUAAAACCAAAUCUAGUAUUACUUUCGAUAAACCGUACCAAUUAUUCAAUCGAAAAGAAAAAAUGGCGUCUACGAUUUGUAGCGACGUUUCGAAUAAGUUGAACAACGAUACGGAUUUGAUGUCAUCUUGUUCAAUGGAUGACAGCUACGAACUCCGAAAAAAUACUAUAACAGAUGGUGAGAACUUAAUCCUGCCCGACACCCAAAUAUCGGCCACUCAGGUCAUCUAUCCACCUUUGGUUCUUUGUCCGGAUUCUGUUCAAAUCAUUCUACCACAUCUAUCCUUCACCGGAUUAUCCAAGAGUCUGGAGAAAGCUCUGACUACGAGAAAUAUCCUUACGGUGGGACAGUUUAGUUCUCUGACGGAAUUGGAUAUUCAUUACUUACCCAUACCUUCGCCCAAAUUGCUCAGAUGCUUGAAAAUAUUGACCAAAUUCCAGGAAAAGAAAUGCCAACGAAAGAACAGGGAAGAUACGAUGUGA